UCGAACGUAUUCACUGACCGACAUAGACCAGGUGGCAUCUGGCGAAAAAGCGUUGGCUCUCCUCCAUGGAUGCUUGAGCUGCAAGCCACCAUCGCGGAUAUGUGCAUUGAAAAUGAAGGAUGGAAAUUGUUUAGCACUCUUGCCUUCUGAGUUGGUUCCUGACCUCUUCGUGCGGUGCCUGCUGCAUCUUCGUCAAUGUGCGGAGGAUGUGGAGAAGCAUGGCAUGUCUCAAGGUCCAGUGAAGAGAGCUUCUGCACUGUCAGGUGGUAAGAUUCCUGCUGCCGAGGCGCAGGGGCCCAGCACGAAUAUUAUGCAGGAGCCGGCGCCCGCUGAACCUGUAACGACGGAAUUGUCGUCUUCAACAGCCAGAGAUGCCAAGACCGAGCCUGAUGCGCGUGGAAGGCUAUCCUCCAGGAUGGGCACCCAGUCAUGUUCCGGAACAACCACACCUCGAGGACUGCAUAGCCAAUUUCCCAGCCGUGGAAGCUCACGGUACCUGAAUGCAAGCAUCGACGAUGCAGCUUCUUUGCCUCGAACAGUGGUGGCUACACAAGGGCAAUCUGCAGUGGUCGCUGGUAAUACCUGGGGCGUGUGGCAAGCGCCGCAUUUGCUUCCAGCAUGGCCUAUGACCUCCCAAUGGCAGCCCGUGGUCUCUCUACCAGUUUUGAGGGACAUGCAUGCAGACGCACUUCUGUGGCAUUGCAAGGUCUGUAAGCCCCCCGUGUGCCCGUUCCCUGGUUACACCAACGCAGG